AGGAGGGGAGAUAACAGAUCAGAGGGAGGAAGGGAGAGGUAAAGGAAGUGUGAAUGCAGCAGUAGGCAGACUGUAGCUCACCUCCACGACAAAGACUUCACAGGAAAGGAGCACACAGGGAGGCUUUGCCACAGGAAUAAUCUCCUACAGUAUCUUCUUGUGUAUGAAUGAACCGGUUUCUCUCGUUCUCAACCUUGGAAAAUGGUGGGACUCUCAUCCACUGCUGUCGAGGCGAUGGAGGUGUUGGUGAGUGAGCUUGGCGUCCUCCUCAAGAUGCUGGACCAGGAGAACCUCAGCUCCUCCACGCAGGAGAAGAAGACCUCUGUGUGGAACCUUCUGCAGCAGAUACAGCCAUCAGUUUCCGGAACAGACUACAUCUACAUGAACUCAGCGGUGUACAGAAAUGGAACCAGUUUUGUCGAAUCCCUCUUUGAGACAUUCGACUGUAAGCUUGGAGAUCUAAAGGAUGUUACAGAUGAUCUGGAAGAAGACAAGAACACACAAGAUGACACUUUGAAACUGCAGAACUGUGCAGAUUCUCCAGCCUCGCACUCAGCUGACUCGCCUCCCCCUCUGCCCACAACGCCUCCUCCUGAGGAGUACUAUGAGGAGGCAGUGCCCCUCAGUCCUGGCAAGCUGCCCGAGUACAUCAUCACACGAGUCAGGCCUAGCCCUCCCAACUCUAUAGAGGAUGCCUAUGAAGAUGCUGAAAACAACUACCCCACUACCUGCAUAAACUCACACCGCAAAAACUCAUACAAUGACUCAGACGCUCUGAGCAGUUCUUACGAGUCCUACGAGGAGGACGAGGAAGAGAGGAGCCCCGGCGUCCGACUUACUCAUCAGUGGCCCUCGGACGAAAGCUCCAUGCCCCCUGCCAGGGAUUGUCGCAUCUGUGCCUUUCUGCUGCGCAAGAAACGCUUUGGCCAAUGGGCCAAACAGCUCACUGUCAUACGGGAGAACAGACUACAGUGCUAUAAGAGUUCUAAGGACACAUGCCCCUACGUGGACCUGCUGCUGCCCCAGUGCGCUGUGGUCUAUGCACCCAAAGACAGCAAGAGGAAGCACCAUGAACUCCGGUUCACCUUGCCCAAUGGAGAUGCGCUGGUGUUGGCGGUACAAAGCAAGGAGCAGGCCCAUAGAUGGCUCAGGGUUGUUAGAGAGGUGAGCGGUCAGAGCGCCGGGCCUGACGAAUCUGCAUCUCCCGUCAUUCCAAGAAAAUCUGAACUUGACAAGAGGUUAUCAGCAGAGAGGAACACCUCCGAUUCAGACAGUGUGGGUGUGUCAACUGCAGAGAACGGCAGAGAGAAUGGUAAGGUGAAACGGGGAGCUUUUGCCGCAGGCCGUAAAAUCACACGCAUCAUCAGCUUCUCCAAGAAGAAGCCCCCUCGACCAGGAGAUCCCCGGACAUCCUACAGCGACCCUCGACAAGGCUACCUGUCGUUGCUGAUGAAUCAGGUUUGGCGGGAACAGUGGUGCUGCGUGUGCAGAGGCUCACUGCACUUCUACCAUGACAAAGGAGACCCUCGGACCUCCAUGCCUUCACUUCCUCUCCACGGUUGCGACGUGGUCCCUGGGCUGGGACCCAAACAUCCCUUUGCUUUCCGAAUCUUAAGGAACAGCACAGAGUUGGCUGCUAUGGAGGCUUGCAGUUCUGAGGAGCUUGGAAGGUGGCUCGGUGUCCUCUUGGCAGAGACAGGCUCUGCAACAGAUCCAGAGUCACUGCAUUACGACUACGUUGACGUGGAAACCAUAGCUAACAUCCGCGACGCUGCGCGGCAUUCCUUCCUAUGGGCCACAUCCUCCAGCAGUGCCUCCACUGACUCCAGAACAUAUGACGAGGUCCCUAAUGAGGACAUGCAGUCAGGGGAGAACCGCAGGCAGCAGUCUGGGAAUCAGGGGAAGCGGCGCUCGAGUUUCUCCAGCAGCGACUCUGACAGAACCAAGCCUUUAGUGUCUCUCAAACGCACAGGCUCAAAUGCCAACCAAUAUGGAAGAUAUGGGAAAACACGAGCUGAAGAGGAUGCAAAGCGUUACCUGAAAGAGAAAGAGGAGCUGGAAAGAGAGAGGGACAGCAUACGAAACACACUAGUGGUCCUACGACAGGAAAAGAGAGAGCUGAAGGAAGAGCUGAAAACAGCCUCUGAGAGGAGGAAGUCCUCCCUGAACAAGCGUGUAUCCCAGCUGGAAGAAGCCUGUCGAGGUAAAGAGGAGGAGAGGGUGGACCUGGAGCUCCGGCUGACUCAGGUCCAAGAAAACCUCAAGAAGAGCUUGGCUGGUGGAGCGCUGGGUGCACCUGUUGAGGCUAAGCCUCCAGUUAAGGCGUCCAGCAAAAAGACACAGAAUAUCUACAGUGAGUCUUUACCAGUAAACUGUGCUUUAGAGAUGCGAAGGAGACCCCCAUCUGUGUAUGCUUCAUCUACAGGAACUGUCAUGCAGAAGGCAAAGGAAUGGGAGUCAAAGAAAGGAACCUAAUGUUGGUAUCAUGGAAAGGACUGGAGAAAUAAUGAAUGGAUGUCAGGAUCUGACAUUCAGUCCCAAAGCACAGGCUUGCUUUACUUUGAAUUGCCAUGGAAAUAAACUGUAAUGAACGAAAUUAGCCACAAGGUGGAGGUACAUCUCACUGAAUAUUUACUCGUCUUCUUUCUCCUGAAAAGGACUGUGAGGAAUCCAAGGACUGCUCACUCUCUGUAUCCAAGUGUUUUCAUUGUUUUUGGUGAUUCGAAAGUGGCAAACGGAAAAGACAGAUAGCAGAGUUUGUGAAAGAAAGACACGAGAAAAGUGUAUUGAAAAGCACGGUGAGUGCAUAGAUGGCAGAGUUGGAAAGGAAACGGCAACACAGGACUGCGUGCCAUGUAAGAAAUGUGAUGUGUUCGGAAAAAAAAAAGAUGAUAAACCUUUUAUAUAAUGUUUUUUUCUGCCUGUACAGAGUGAGCCAUGACUACUGUUUCUGUAUGUUUUUAUACUUUUAUACUGUUCCCAUCAUCAUCACCAUCUUUAGAAUGAUCAAAGGUAUUCAGCUGGAUGCCAUGGAGGGCUGAGUGCAUCAUCAUUAUAGCUGCACUUAUUAGCUUCUCUCAGGUCUAAGCUGUGCUAUACAGCAAAAACCACCUGCUGAAUCAUUUGUACGGAACAAAACCCUGCAUACUUCUGCUGGAGAUAAUUGAGGGACUAACAGCACGGUGCUAUUCAGUGAUACAAACAAGUCAUUUUUCUGUGUGGGAAAUCUCAACUAUAUGUCAUCUUAACAACCUUUCUGCUGAAAUCUGUGGUUGACUUUUGCACUUUACUGUUCUCCUCCUGCCUGGGAAUAAUAAAUGUGUGUCUUAUUCAAAAACAUUUUCUUAUUCACAAACUUUCUUCCUCAUUAAAAAGCACAAACAUGUUCUUAUUCAGUGGUUUAUUCUGUUAAUUCCACAUGAUUUGCUGUGAAGUAAAUAUGUACCAAAGCCAAAACAAGAAAAAACAAACAUCUACAUUGGUUAAUGAAGGCAAUUCAGCGCAGCACAAUAUAGUGUGAUGCAGUUCAGGCAGCCUAUUAGCAAGUUAACUCAUCCUCAUUUGUUUUGAUGGAGUUGCAUAAUGGUUUGCAAUGUCAGUUUUACAUGUUAAGAUGAUGUAGCAAUCCAUACAUACAUGAUCAAUAAUACCUUUCAGUACAGAGU